AUCCCCAGUUUCAAAACAAUCAUUCAUUAUAUAGAUAACCAAUUUGAACGUUACCUACAUGAUGAGAGCGGCCUGAACAGACGGCACAUCAUCGAUAAUCGUGUUCACUGCUGCUUUUAUUUCAUCUCUCCUUUUGGACACGGAUUGAAACCGUUGGAUGUGGAAUUCAUGAAGGCUCUUCAUGGAAAGGUGAACAUAGUGCCUGUUAUUGCUAAAGCAGACACCCUGACCUUGAAGGAGAGAGAGCGGCUUAAGAGAAGAGUCCUAGAUGAGAUUGCCGAACAUGGAAUUCGAAUCUACCAACUCCCUGAUGCUGACUCAGAUGAAGAUGAGGAGUUUAAAGAGCAGACUCGAGUUCUAAAGGCCAGCAUCCCUUUUGCAGUCAUUGGUUCAAAUCAGCUUAUUGAGGUGAAAGGAAAGAAAAUCCGUGGACGGUUGUACCCUUGGGGUGUUGUGGAAGUGGAGAAUCCAGAACACAACGACUUCUUGAAACUUCGCACCAUGCUGGUGACACACAUGCAGGACCUUCAAGAGGUCACACAGGAUUUGCACUAUGAAAACUUCCGCUCUGAGAGAUUAAAACGUACUGGCAAGUUUAGGCCUGUUGAAGAAGAAGUGCUAGACAAGGACAUGAUUCUGCAGCAAAAGGAGGCUGAAGUAAGUAAUUACAUGAAAAGUACAAUGUUGCCUGGAAUAACAAUGGUAAAUGUAGCACCUAUGUUGCUCCCAAAGACACAGGCUUAUCUACUCCUCACUUUUUUUUUUAUGGAAUUGCUUAUACCAGAUUUCCCUGCUAUGUUAAAUUCUUUGCUCACUUCAAGUUUUAUCAAGUCAAUUUAUCUGGAAUUCCAUAAUACACACCCCUGA